AUGGAUGUCGAACAGAGUGCGAGGAUGCUCAAGCACAGCUCACCUGUAUCGUCAUCAUCCUCAUCUUCGCCUGAUCCUCCUAGCACACCCCGGAAAGACAAUGGCAAAAGGAGCAAGACUUUCUGGAACAACAGCGCCUGGGAGCAAGAGAUCAUGACCACACCCACCAAGAGCAAACCCAGAAAGCCGAGGCCCGUCCCCAUCAUCCCCUUCCGCGUACUGGAUGCUCCCGCUCUCCGCGACGACUAUUACUGCUCCCUCCUCUCAUACUCGCCCGUCUUGAAGUGCUUGGCUGUUGGUCUUGGUCCGCAUGUCUACUUGUGGACAGAAUCACGCGGGAAGACACCGACUCACAUGCCGGAUUCAUUGACAUCUCAUUUCGGAUCGCAUGUCACCUCACUCUCGUUCAGCUCACUCGAUGGGGCGAGUGCAAUUCUUGCCAUCGGACGAGCUGACGGUCGCAUCACCCUUUGGUCACCGCACGAGAGCGAGCCUCGCUUCGAUAGCGAACAACCCAGUCCCAUCUCCUGCGUUUGCUUCCGCCCCAAUACCGUCAGGAGUGCGAGCAUGCGGGAGCCAUCAGAGAAGAUCAACACAGAGGAGCUGCUUGUGGGAGACGAGGAGGGUCAUGUUUACUUGUACUCUAUUCAAUGGCCAGGGGCGGAUCAGAGAGACCUGUUCGAUUGGCAUGGUAGCAUGACGCUCCUUGCGAAGAUCGUGUGCCACACCCAGCAAGUCUGCGGUUUGGCAUAG